GGCCCAGUCCAUUGACCCAUUUGGGGGUUGUGAAGUUGAUACCAGUUAUAGGAUAGUUGGAAAACACUAUUAUCCAUAACGAGGGAAAUGAUACAGCAUAGGCCUUAUACCCAGAAAGUUGAUGUGUAUAGCUUUGGGAUUGUGCUGUGGGAGCUUAUCACAGGGUUGCUUCCGUUCCAGAAUAUGACUGCUGUUCAGGCUGCAUUUGCUGUUGUCAACAAAGGCGUCCGUCCCAGUAUCCCCAAUGACUGCCUUCCAGUUCUCAGUGAGAUCAUGACCCGUUGCUGGGAUGCUAAUCCCGACGUUAGGCCCUCCUUCAGUGAGGUAGUCAGAAUGCUUGAGCAUGCAGAGACUGAAAUCAUGACAACUGUCAGAAAGGCUCGUUUCAGGUGCUGCUUGACUCAACCAAUGACUACAGAUUGAUCAUUGAUGCAGGGAUAAGAUUUUAGUAGCAGGAAGAAGAGAGUAAAAAAUUGCUAAGGAAAAGAGGGGGAAAAAAAAGAAAGGAAAACCAAAAAUUGAUUUCAUGUCAGCCUUGUGUAUGUAUCAGACUUAAUUUAUUUCUUGAGAUAGAAAAGGGGGAGGAAACUGUGAUAAGAACCGCUUGUUUUGUGUAUUUCUUUUUAAAAUUUGUGGAUUUUAAGAAUUGAAUUAGUGGUAAUAGAGGAGAUUUGAUGUGUAUUUUACUUGC